CUUGCUAGACAAAUUAAUCUGUGGUUGACAUUGCAUGCCUUCGUAAUUUAAUGAAAUUGUAAUAGGUAUUUUCACAACAAAAAUAUGUGUGGAUACAUAUUUAUUUUAUGUGAAAACUUGUAGAUUAAUUACUGAAGUCGUUUUUAAGAUUUAUAGAAUAGAUCGUGUAGUAUGUACCUUUAGUUUAUGAUUAAAUUUUGGUUCUUGUGUUUGUGAACAUCAUGGGGAGUGAAAAAGAUCGAUUGUCGGACCCGGGCGACGGCGAAGAUAUACCAAGUGAUUUCUUUGACGACUUCACCAGGGAUGAGUUUAUGGAAGGUUUGAGUGUUAUAGACAGCUGGGACGAUGAAGAUGGGGGCAGCAAGCGACGGGAGAUGCGGCGCAUCAACAUGGAGACCAUCGACAGUGUCAAAGACCUCCGGGAACUGAUUAGUGAUAAAGAGGACACCAAACAGAGGACUCCGAAUAUAAAGUUCGAAGAUAAGUACAAGUGGCGCAAGCAGGACCACGAGGGAGAAGGCAGCAGCACAUCCGCGGAUAAUUUCACCAAGCCCGGCAGCAGACGGGAUCCGAACAAGACCAACGAAGCCAUCAAGAAAGACAAAGAAGUAAAAGUGAAAGAGUAUCUUGCGAAACAUUUGGAGUCAUCGGAUGAUCUUCGGCCACCUGGCACAGAGUUGGACGACUAUUUUGAUGGUGAUAAAUCUAAAGAACGUAAGAAAUCUCCUAAGCGCGUCUCAGAGGGCGUGGAACCGCCGCAUCGCCCCGCAUGGACGAGAAAGGAACCUUACCGGAGCCCUCGUCGCGUGAGCCCUCAACGUCGAAGAUAUAGUCCUCAUUUUCGCAGGAGUCCACCACGCUACAUCCGACCGCGAUUCAGUCCUCAUAAGCACUUCAGGAAGCGGUACAGCCCUCCAAGACACAGUCCAAGAAGAUAUAGUCCUUCACGGCCACGCGCACACAGUCCCCUUCGCCGGCGGCGGUCAUCCAGAUCUCCAGUGAGGCGGCCUUACGAGUCUCGAAGAUCACGCUCGCCAAGAUCUCGUAGCCCACAUAAAACAGACUCUUUCCUGUACCCAACUGACCCACAGGGAGCACCCGGCUACCCUCUUGAUAAUUCUAUGACCUAUCAGCCAGAGCUGGGCGCAGUAUAUAGUGCGCCUAAUGAAUUUUCUAGUGUUGCUCCUGGAUAUUCUUAUCCUCAGGGGAUGGCAUAUGGAACUGGUUUUCCAGCUCCAUAUAGCUAUGGGACACAACCGACUAUUCCGGGCAGUGUUCCCGUUCCCGGGCCACUUCCUCUGCCAACUAUAAACCCUGUGCCAGCACCCCCUCUCAAUGCAGUGCCGGCUCCUGCCAUGGUGCCAGCGCCUGCAUCUACUCUUCCUGUCUUAGAACAGAAAACACCCUAUGAUGCUUUGGCACAAUUAGUUGCAGAGGGAAAAAUUUCUCAAGAAGAUUAUCUUAAGCUUGCACCAAAUAAAGGUGUAAGCAGUUGUUUGGAUUCAAAAACCAUGACUGGAGUUAUGUCUCGGUGCAAUGAAGCUAUAAGGAAGUUGGAGAAGUUGGUCCUGCCCAAUCAUUUGAUGAUGAACAACCAUAUUAUUGGAGUGGAACCUAAAUCCUUGGAGUCCAAAUUUUGUUCGCCGCUGAAGAGACAAGCAGUAAUCGAAUUCAACUUCACGAAGACCAAUGGACCCACAUUGGCUCAACAGAACAAGCAGUUGGUGGAGAGCAUCAUCACUACUAUUGGAUUGGACAAGGUGGUCUCCAGAUACAAGAGGAAACUGCGUAAGGACGUGAAGGAUGCUGCUGUACAAACAACAAAACCCUAUUGCGACGUUUGUGAAAUACGCGAGUCCACAAAGUUCCACGAAGUUGGCACGGCUGUUGAUCCUGAACACUUUAGUUGUACUGUUCACACGCAAGUUGUGGAACACGAUUUAGUUAAUUCUAAAUCUGUGUUCAACCCGACCGGUAGUGCUUCUGAAGGAGCUCCUAUCUCUAUAUCUCACCUGACUCCUGCGCAGUUGGUGUCCCAGCUGGCGGCGCGCGCGAAGACGCUCAAGCAAUCAUCGCCUGUACCGCCAUCAAUGCAUCAGAACCAGUUCGGCAGAAGAAACCCUAACUACGACUACGACGGCAGAGGUGGAGGCCAGCAGCAAUAUCACCAUGGUUACAACCAGUAUCGUUAUUAAAAAACCUGGAAGGCAGAUUGACUGAAUUCUAUUUAAAGAGCUGUGGUUAGCAUAAAUAUUUUUAAACAUCAACAUUUACUCAUUACAGUCAAAAUGAUUUUGAAAUAAAAUAAUUUCCUACAGUGUAUGCAUUCCUUGUAUUUUUCGGACCGAUUUUUUAACGAACAAACAUGUAUUAUGGUUCCGCACUCCAUUAAUUAAGAUUUAUGCUCAUGUAUUAUGCGUAUAAUGGUGACUAUGUAUUAAUCAUUUAAAGAACUACCUCCAUAAUUUCUUGCAUUGUAAGGGUGCCCACACACGUGCUGAUAAUGCUAUAGCCGGGCUGAUAGAAUAGAAAAUAAAGCCUAGCCAUAGCCUUCCUGCAUUAAUGUGUAAGGGACGUCCCAUAAUGAAUUCCUCACCAUUAACUGUAUAGCCUCCAAGAAUAACAGGAAAAAAUUGAAAAUAUAAAGCUGUAUUCAUAAAUGGUGCAAGGAUUGGCGGUGCAGCGACGAGUACUGAAAUUUCUUGGGAUCGUGGACUGCCGCUCGGAACGACGGUGAAGAGUAAUGCCCUGAGACGGCUUCGAAGAAAUAAUACUUCGACCCUGAUACCUGCGGAUAAUAAAGCUGUCGAGGGGGAACGUCAGAACUUUAAUGAGUCAUCCGAUACGAUGCACAUCUCUAAGUACAUAUAUAACCACUUGAUAUGCACAUGUAAGCAUUGGUUUGAGCCAAAAAAAUAGAUGAGCAAUCGUAUCGGAUUACUAAAUGAUAAAUAAAUGUCAUGCCAGUGCAGUAUGUGUGUGCAUGCAUGGUUUCAGUGAUAUGCACGUUUGGCCUAGCACUGUAUGGCUUGCCCAGAAAGUAUUUGAAGUGCAACAUUAACCAAAACACCUACUGCACUGUAUACUUCCUUAUCGAAUAUUAAAGUAUAUAUGUUUCAAAUUAGUUUCAUUAAAAGUUUUUAUUUCUUUGUGUCUAUGUAUACCGUUUAUCUCAUAGUCUUAGAAGUUAUUACUAUAUUGUUUUGUGCAUGGUGAUUGGAUGCUGUAAAACAUAUUUUAUGAGUGUACAGUACCUAAGUAUGGGUAGCAAAAAUAAAGUCUUCAUUUUAAAAA